UAGAGAGGAGGGGACAUGGGCGGGGCCGAGGCGCCUCUCGUUUCCCCUCCAUGCAUAGCGGGGCAGCAGGGCUGGAAAGAGCUCCGGGGAGCAAAGUCGCCCGUCCAGCACGGAGACCUGCCUGGCCAGAAAAACGCGCCUCAUAGUUACCAGGAUUGCCAAAUAUUCCCGAAAAAUAUACCUGCUAUUUAUGGCAUGUGGCUUGUAACUUUACUCCUGCUGUACUCUCUCCAGGAAGUACACAGUGAGGAUGUGGGCUCCACCAGGCUGUACUUUGUGAAUGCCUCCCUGCAGAAGAUAACCUACUCCAGCUCAGUGGGGGUGUCCCUGCCCUGUCCUGCAGGGGGCACCCCCAGUGCCAUUCUACGCUGGUACCUGGCCACUGGCGACGACAUUUACGACGUGCCCCACAUCCGUCAUGUGCAAGCCAACGGUACUCUUCAACUGUACCCUUUCUCGCCCUCCGCCUACAACAGCUACAUCCAUGACAACGACUACUUCUGCACCGCCGAAAACCAGGCGGGCAAAAUCCGCAGCCCCAACAUCCGCAUCAAAGCUGUUUUCAGGGAGCCCUAUACUGUGCGGGUGGCGGAUCAGCGCUCAUUGAGGGGCAACGUAGCUGUUUUCAAGUGCCUCAUCCCUGCUGCCGUGCAGGAGUACGUCAGCGUUGUAUCCUGGGAAAGAGACACUGUUUCCAUAGCUCCAGGUAACAGAUUUUCGCUGACCUCCUUUGGAGCUCUUUACAUCUCUGACGUUCAGAAAGAGGAUGCCCUCUCUACAUAUCGGUGCAUCACCAAGCAUAAGUACAGUGGCGAGACGCGGCAAAGCAAUGGAGCCAGGCUGUCAGUCAUGGACCCCAAUGAAUCCUCACCCACUAUACUGGAUAGUUUCCAAGCAGGGGAAGUGCAUGCAGGCCAGAGCAUCGAGCUCCCCUGCAUAGCAGGUGGUUAUCCUACACCCACUGUGCGCUGGCUGAAAGAUGGUCGCCCGCUGCCUUCAGAUGCCCGUUGGACACGGCGCUUGACAGGGUUGACCAUCAGUGACCUGAGGCAGGAGGACAGCGGCAGCUACGCCUGCGAGGUCACCAACAGCUUUGGCUCCAAGGAGGUGUCUGGACAGCUUCACGUUAUCGAUCCUCUGCGGGUGACCUUGUCUCCGAAGAAUUUAAAAACUGGCAUCAGUAGCACACUGUUCUUCACGUGCACUGUGGAGGGCUCUCCAGAAUACACCAUCACCUGGUACAGGAACACACAGCCCAUCAUCUCAGACCAGCACAUCUCCAUCCAGGGACAACACAACGACACCCUCCAGAUCACUGCUGCACAGAAGUUCCACUCUGGAGCCUACCAGUGCUUCGCAUCCCGAAAGGGCCACACUGCUCAGGACUUUUCCAUUAUUUUACUAGAGGAUGGUACUCCUCGAAUUGUGUCUUCCUUCAGCGAGCGGGUGGUAAACCCCGGUGAGCCCUUCUCGCUCAUGUGUGCCGCCAAAGGAGCCCCACCCCCUUCAAUUACCUGGACGUUGGAUGAUGAGCCCGUGGUGCGAGAUUCCACUUACAAAACCAGCCAGUACACUCUGUCUGAUGGUCUGACGGUGUCGCACGUCAACGUCAGCAGCCCGCUCAUCCGGGAUGGGGGAGUGUAUCGUUGCGUCGCACGCAACUCGGCCGGUAGCGCCGAGUACCAAGCGCGCAUAAACGUAAGAGGUCCACCUCGAAUAAGACCCAUGCGAGAUAUCACUGCAGUGGCGGGCAGAAACACCUAUAUCACAUGCCGUGUGAUUGGGUACCCGUAUUAUUCCAUAAAGUGGUUGAAAGACGGCAUGCAGCUACCUGAUAAUCAUCGUCAAAUGGUGUUUGAGAAUGGCACCCUGAGGCUUACAGAUGUGCAGAAGGGUGCUGACGAGGGGACGUACUUGUGUAGUGUUUUGAUCCAACCCCAAGUCUCCAUUAACCAGACCGUCCAUGUCACUGUUAAAGUACCGCCGCUCAUCCAGCCCUUCGAUAUCCCCUCUACCUCAGUGGGGAAGCUCAUGUACAUUGCCUGCGUGGUGUCUUCUGGGGACAUGCCCAUACGCAUCACUUGGCACAAAGACGGUCAGCUCAUCGUGCCAGGCUACGCCUCUGGCGUCGGAAUUGAGACCAAAGAGUUCAUGAGCUCCCUGCAGAUCUCCAAGGUGACACUGAAGCACAACGGAAACUACACCUGCAUCGCCAGCAACGCCGCUGCUACAGUCAGCUGGGAGAGGCAGCUGAUUGUUACUGUCCCACCCCGUUUUGUGGUGCAGCCUAACAACCAGGACUGCAUAUAUGGAAAGGCCGGAGUCCUGAACUGCUCAGUGGAAGGUUAUCCACCUCCAAAAGUCAUGUGGAAACACGCUAAAGGAGUUGGAAACCCACAGCAGUACCAUCCAGUCCCACUCACUGGCCGCAUCCAGAUCAUGACAAAUGGCUCUUUGCUCAUUCGACAUGUUCUUGAGGAAGACAGAGGGUACUACCUCUGUCAGGCCUCUAAUGGUGUGGGCUCAGACAUCAGUAAAAGCAUGAUCCUCACUGUCAAGAUUCCUGCCAUGAUCACCAGCCACCCCAACACCACCAUGGCAAGAAAGGGCCAAACCAAGGAGCUGAACUGCACAGCACGAGGCGAGCAGCCUAUUAUUAUCCGCUGGGAGAGAGGGGACACAGUCAUUGAUGCAGAGAGAAACCCCCGGUACUCCAUCACCAUUAACAAGAAGGGUGAUGAAGUCAUCUCCACCCUAAAGUUGAAUCCAGCCGAGCGAGGAGACUCUGUCUUCUUCUCCUGUCAUGCCAUAAACUCCUAUGGAGAAGGUCGAGGGCUCAUCCAGCUUACAGUGCAAGAACCACCAGAUCCUCCUGAGCUGGAGGUCAGAGAGGUAAAGGACCGGAGCAUGAACCUGCGCUGGAUCCAAAGGUUUGAUGGCAACAGCAUCAUUACCAGUUAUGACAUUGAGUACAAGAACAAAUCAGACUCCUGGGACCACAUGUACACAACCAGGAACAUUUCACCGACAAACAACCAAGCUAACAUUGUGGAGUUGCACCCUGCCUGCGUCUACAGCAUCCGCAUGUAUUCCUACAACAAGAUUGGACGAAGCUCCCCUAGCAAGGAGCUCACCAUCAGUACUGAGGAAGCACCUCCUGAUGGGCCACCAAUGGAUGUCAUCCUCCAACCAAUGACAUCUCAGAGCAUCAGAGUUACAUGGAGGGCUCCCAAGAAGGAGUUGCAGAAUGGCGUGAUCCGAGGUUAUCAGAUCGGAUACAGAGAAAACGGCCCAGGUAGCAACGGCCAGUACAGCAUAGUGGAGAUGAAAGCUACAGGUGACAGUGAAGUGUACACGCUGGACAACCUUAAGAAGUUUGCUCAGUAUGGCGUGGUGGUCCAGGCUUUCAACAGGGCUGGGACAGGCCCGUCCAGCACAGAGAUCAAUGCCACCACAUUGGAAGAUGUUCCCAGCGAGCCCCCCCAGAACGUGAGAGCCAUCUCAGUCACGUCGGAUGAAGCGGUGAUCACAUGGUCUGAGCCACCACGGCUGACGCUCCACGGCGUCCUGAAGGGGUACCGGGUCGUGUUUUGGUCCCUCUUUCCUGACGGAGGUGGGUGCUGUGGGGGCCAGGCCCAGUGGCCAAUGCAGAAAUGGGGAGAGAUGCAGAACAUCACCACCACACGUGAGCAGGUGGAGCUGCGAGGGCUUGAGAAGUUCACCAACUACAGCGUGCAGGUGCUGGCCUACACUCAGGCGGGGGAUGGGGUCCGCAGCAACGUCCUGUACAUCCAGACCCGCGAGGAUCUUCCCGGUCCACCAGCUGGCAUCAAGGCUGUUCCUUCGUCUCCAAACAGUGUGGUGGUAUCCUGGUUACCUCCUCUUAAGCCUAAUGGUGUCAUCCGCAAGUACACAAUCUACUGCUCCAGUCCAGGAUCUGGACAGCCUGCGCCCAGUGAGUACGAGGCCAACCCGGAGAUGCUGUUCUAUCGCAUCACGCACCUUAGCCGGGGUAAACAAUACCACAUCUGGGCGGCCGCCGUGACAACUGCUGGCCGAGGCAACAUUAGCGCAAAGGUCACAGUGGAGCCUGCUGGGAAAGUUCCUGCCAAGAUCCUGUCCUUUGGGGGCACAGUGACCACACCAUGGAUGAAGGAAGUGCGUCUGCCGUGCGCAUCGGUCGGAGAGCCCGCCCCCACCAUUAAAUGGACCAAAGAUAGUGAGGACUCAGCCAUCCCUGUGACAGCAGACAGCCAGAAACAGAUCCUAUCCAACGGCACACUGGUGCUGCGUUCAGUCAAAGCCGAGGAUUCUGGGUAUCACACCUGUACUGCCACUAACACCCUGGGCUUUGACACCAUUAUAGUGAAUCUGGUGGUUCAAGUUCCUCCUGACCAGCCUCGACUGACUGUCUCCACCACUUCAACCUCCUCCAUCACCUUGGCAUGGAUUCCUGGAGACAAUGGAGGAAGCUCCAUUAGAGGGUUUGUGCUGCAGUAUUCUGUGGACAACACAGAGGAAUGGAGGGAUGUGUUCAUCAGCUCUACGGAGCGCUCCUUCAGGCUGGACAAUCUCCGCUGUGGAACGUGGUACAAAGUCAAGCUGGCUGCCAAGAACAGCGUGGGCUCCGGACGCAUCAGUGAGAUCAUUGAGGCCAAGACGCACGGGAGAGAACCGGUGUUUAACAAGGACCAGCCCCUCCUCACUCACAUUAACUCCACCCAUGCAGGACUAAAUCUGCAGGGUUGGACCAGCGGCGGCUGUCCCAUCACAGAUCUGAUGCUUGACUUUCGGCCCAAAGGCACGUGGGCGUGGCAGAGCCUCAAAGCCAAUUCCACCUCUCAGCUGUUCCUCAGUGAGCUUCGUGAGGCUACGUGGUACGAGCUGAAGAUGAAGGCCUGCAACAGCGCGGGCUGCGGCAACCAGACCUCCCAGUUUGCCACAACAGACUAUGACGGCAGUACCAUCCCUCCUAUUAAAUCUGCCCGUGGAGAGGGCGACGACGUGAAGAAGCUGUUCUCCAUCGGCUCUCCUGUCAUUCUAGUUACCAUAGGCGUCGCUCUGCUUUUUAUUAUCCGCAAGAAACGUAAGGAGAAGAGGCUGAAACGGCUCCGAGAUGCCAAGAGCCUGGCUGAAAUGCUGAUCAGCAAAAACAACCGCAGCAUUGACACGCCUGUGAAGGGCCCCCCCCAGGGCCCGAGGCUCCAUAUAGACAUCCCACGAGUUCAGCUGCUCAUUGAAGACAAGGAGGGCAUCAAGCAGAUAGCAGGAGAGGACAAGGCUGCAGUGCCGGUGACGGACACGGAGUUUAGCCAAUCGGUGAAUCCACAGAACUUCUGCACAGGCGUCUCUCUGCACCAUCAAGCCCUCAUCCAGAACUCGGGGCCUCUUAUUGACAUGUCAGACAUCCGUCCUGGAACGAACCCCGUGUCCAGGAAAAGCAUAAAGUCAGCUCACAGCUCCAGGAACAGAUAUUCCAGCCAGUGGACCCUGAGCCGACCGACUCAGAGCCAUUCCACGGCCUCGGCACGAACUCUGACCUCAGACUGGCGAACGAUGGGCUCCCAUGGAAUUACAGCCACAGAGAGCGACAGCUACAGCGCCAGUCUUUCCCAAGACACAGAUAAAGGGCGGAACAGUAUGGUGUCCACAGAGAGCGCCUCGUCCACCUAUGAGGAGCUGGCGAGAGCCUACGAACACGCCAAGCUAGAGGAGCACCUGCAGCACGCCAAAUUUACCAUCACGGAAUGUUUCAUCUCUGACAGCUCGUCCGACCAAAUGACCACAGGUACCAACGACCCGGCAGACAGCAUGACCUCCCUCAGCACGCCGUCUGAACCAGGCAUCUGCCGCUUUACUGCCUCGCCGCCCAAACCGCAGGACUACGACCGUGGUAAAAACGUGGCUGUGCCCAUCCCCCACCGCGCCAACAAAAGUGAAUUCUGUAAUUUACCCCUCUACAUGAAGACAGACCCGUUUUUCCGAAAGCAAGGGGAGCUCCAUGACCCUUGCCCUGCAGUACCUCCACGGGAAGCCUCGAUCCGCAGCCUGGCGCAGCGGGCGUAUCACACCCAGGGCCGCCACAAGACUCUAGACCCUUCCAAGCAGCAGACCCUGACACUGGGCCAUUCUGGGCUGGGCAGUUUGGGUGCAAGCUCGGGCACUGCCACCUUGCCCCAGAGGACUCUCACCAUGCCCAGCUCCAACAAUGCAGCGACAGCUUCCACCUCCAGCACGGGCAGCAACCCCUCCAACAGUAACAAGGUGGGGGGCUCCAGAGACUCGCUGCUGGAAAGUAGCUCCUCUGCACUGGGGAGACUGCAAAAACAGAGUGUGGGGGCUUACUCCAAGUCAUACACACUUGUGUAGCCCACCUUCCGGCACAGACUGCUGCUUCAGCCGGCUCGUCUGAUGAGUCUGGGCCAGAAUGGGCACAGAGCCUUCUUUCUUGAAACCAAACUGAUGGUGACCUGCCCCGAGCUUUCCUUGGGAGAGGCACUCCCACCACAAAGACCCAGCUAACCCUUCUUUUCAUACUCACGUGGGACUCUUUCUAAGAACUACUAACUCCUACUAACAGUUCCAGCAGGCUGGUGCUCAGCUCCACUCACUUCUUGCAGGAGAGGCCCGGCAAACUAAAGCAGGAAGGGAUUUCUGCUUUCAUUUGGGGGAAAAAAACAAAUGAUAUUUGAGGACCUCUGUGUUCAUAAUGAAGACUACAAUAGCCAGUAUGAAGCUGUGCGGCCAUUAUGUUUCUCAUAAACACACACAUGCUGUCCUCCAUGCUUCAUUAUUAUCAAUUUGCAAGACUUCAAGUUUAGUUCUCUAUUCUCGCUGUAUGUCGACUCCUUUGUGUCUCUUUAUGUCCAAAACUAUUGCUCUCUUUUCACAAGACUCCAAAAGUUGUCAAUAUUCUCCACAAACCACAGAGCAGCAGAACGGUGUCUUGACCGAAGCCAUCCCAACCCCACCGAACCAGCUGUAAUUUCUCAUACGACAAACAGAGAAUAUUUGGUAUUAUAAAGAUAUAUAUUUCUAUGUAGGUAUAUUAUUGACUUGUACGUGACAUGAUGAGGAAAAUUAUAAAUUUUAUGUACUACAAUAGUGUGGUAGCAUAUGCAGCAAUUUACUCUUAAUGUUCAAAUUUUACGAAGCAGACAAUCGCUCAAUGAUUAAGAUUUAAAAAAGAAAAAUUUUUAAAAAUAUAAAUACAGGAUAAUCUGUUGUAUGUUGAGAGAAGAGCAGAACAGCGCGUCCCUGGGUUGGACGGUUGUAUGAGUUGUGAGUGUUUGCUUGUUCUGACUCAAGGUCAGCCAUGUCUGUUAGGCCAUGCACAGACCUGCAAGGGAGAGUGUGGCCUCUUCAGUGUUUCACUUUUAAAGUUUUAGCUCAGAUGAAAGCCGAUUCUCAGAGGAUCCCCUGCUGCAGUGGUUGCUUAAGGCUAUGUCACACAGCUAGUACAUAACUUUUUUUUUUUGCAUUGUUCAGGUAUAAAAUUUCAGUUUUUUAUGAUACUUGCAUAAUAUUCAUAAUUCUUUAGUGUUUCUUGCGUUCGUCAUUCGUCGAUGUGCACAGAUGUCCGUCGAGGGUUUCAGCCGGCAGGUUUUUACGGGAAUUCGGUUUUGAGCUUUCAAAAUUUUUGGUCGGUUGAAAAAUUAUGCAGUUUUAGCAUACGCAAUUACUACAUGAAUCUUACGCAAUUGUGCGAGAUUUUUGCAAUAUGCAAAUUUGUGGCUUUUCCUGACCGUUCCACGUAUGACUAGCAGAAUUUUUACACAUGUACCACCAAUGUACAACUUAUAUCGCGUAUGUGGCACAAAUAUCACAUUUAAAUGAUAUAAUGGACACACGAUUUACUAACGAAUUGCAUAUAAACAGCGCAACAAUCACACAAAACGUGUUUUUUUGCGUAGUUUAUUCGUACUUCUUCCGUGGUUUUAACGUGGUUCAUUUGUGAUACAUCUAAGAAAAUUUCACGUGAAGACUACAACGUGUCAAGCUUUUUCCACGUAUGAUCAAUUUCCAUCUGUGCAAUAUAAGCAAAAUGUACGUAAUGGCUGUGUGACACGGCCUUCUCGGUGGUUAGUAUUAGUGAACUGUGCCACAAGCCAACCUUUGGGACAAAGAGUUAACCAGCUGAAGGAAUGCCAAUCAUGAUGUGAAUGAAGGUCAAAUAAUUUAACAUGGAGAGUAUUAUAUGUCAGGGAGUUCACUUAAAAAAAUGCUAUAACGUUCACUGAAUUGAUAUCUUUAUCAUCGUCCUGUCUGAAGUACUGUAAAUGUCCUGACUCUCUAACUUCAUAGCCCUUUGAGCUGUUGUACACUGACACAAAAACCUAUUGGAAUGGCUGCUUUUAGAGCAUCCCAUAAUAGUGUUUUGUGAUCUGCAUUUCUUUAUCCAUUUGAUUGUUUCUUUUUGGGGGGAGAGGGGAAUCUGCUAGUUUCUUAAAUUAUAACAAUUUGUUCAGGGAGGUGUCCCACUCAUUUUCAAACAGCUCUGUGGCCUGUAUCGUUCCACUGAGUAAAAUCAAGGACCCGUAGCUCUCUGGGCCAUCAAACCUCUUACUGUAUAUAUACUGGAAUGGAACCUGAAGAAUUUUGGCUCCUAUCAUUGUCCCACAUUCAGCCAAAUUGAAAUAAAAAUUCACACACGUCCCUAACCACACCAGACCCACCAUCUGUACCUACAUCAGUGUUUGUAGAUUAAGCUUUGUACAUAAAACACAGUUUUGUAUGAAGAGCUAUUUUCGUCAGAAUAACCCGGGGGGCGAGUCAGGGUCAAACGUGUCCCACUGUCAAAUUUCUAACCGGCAUCAAGAUUUAAAUAUUAAAAUAUUAACACUUUUCUUUCCCCUCAUGUUUUGAUACGAAUUUGUUGAAUUUUUAUUCUGUUUUUUUUAAGUCGUUUGAUGUUGUCGUUUGUCCUGUUUACUUUUUUAUUAUAAUUCUUUUGUAUUUUACUCAUCCUCAGUCAUUGCAUGCCUGCUAAAAGGGAAAUUUUGAUGGAAAAAGAUGUCUGAAAAUCAAAAAUAACAAAAAAACAAAAACAAAAAAACAACAAUGUUGAGGGUAACCCAAACACUUCUUUGAGUUGCUUUUUACAGCAAUUGCUUGUGUUCAAAGGUACAUUUUCUAUGAAAAAAAGAAAGCAAAGACUAAAAAGUUCAUUCUAACACCUUGUGCAAUAAAGCUAUCUUUCAUAAAUGGGGA